CCGAGGAGGAAGGAUCGAGUAGAGUCCUUCCUCGAAGGCUGGCAAGAAGCCGGGAUGAAGGCUUCCCCGGAGGCGGACGGGCGCCGGAGCGAGGCUUCGGAAACAGCCGAGCGCCUCCGGACCCGCGAGCGCCUCGAAGCCACGCUGGCCGGGCUGGCCGAGCUGUCUUUCCUCCGGAGGCGGCAGGAGCUGCGCGUCCAGCGGUGGAUGCCCGCCGCCUUGCCCGCUCAGGAGGCGCCCUCGCCGGCCGCGAAUGCAGAAGGAGCCGCUGCAGCUCCUGCCUCCUCUCCACGGAGUUUGGAAGAGCAGUUCUUGGAGGAGAACAUCCUUCUCUUAAGGAGGCAGCUGAACUGCUUGAGAAGACGUGAUGCAGGACUCUUAAACCAGCUGCAAGAACUGGACAAGCAGAUCAGCGAUUUGAGGCUGGAUGUGGAAAAAACAGCAGAUGAGCACCUUGAGACGGACAGCCGCCCCAGCUCAGGGUUUUAUGAGCUGAGUGAUGGCACUUCUGGGUCCCUCUCCAACUCCUCCAACUCUGUGUUCAGCGAGUGUUUGUCCAGCUGCCCUUCCAGCACCUGUUUCUGCAGCCCUUUGGAUGCCUCCUUGAACAGCUCAGAUGGACGCCCCAAGUCUGCAGAUCUCAUUGGCUGGCUGGAAUGUAACAAGGGAAGCCAACAUGAAGACCAGUCUACGGGGAUGGCUUCUCCUUCUACGCCACACUCCAAUUCCUUGGAUGUGAUUGCUGAUGUGCAUCCAAAAUAUCAGUGUGAUCUGGUGUCCAAAAAUGGGAAUGAUGUAUACCGCUACCCCAGUCCCCUACACGCAGUUGCUGUUCAGAGUCCAAUGUUUCUUCUGCCAGUGGCCGGUAGCCCCUUGAGAGAAGAGGAAGAGAAAUCUGAUGUUAACACCAUCGAUGUUGAUGCUGGAGCUGAACCUAAUUCAGCCAAAUCAGGUGCUCCGUGUCUCCCUCACAUCCCUCAUUCUGCGUCCUGUCCCACCACCAGCCGCAAAAUGGACAGCUACAUCUUGAGCCUUGUGCAGAAACGCAUCCCUUCGGUGAGGACUAAUAAACCAAGAACCAACCUGAACGCAGACCCCACUAAAGGGAUUUUGAGACAUGGAAGCAUGUGCCUUCGUCAGGUGACGGGCACAACCCUCCACAAUGCUACAACUCUUAAGAAUGUGGGUCAGGUAUUUCCUCCUUCUGGUGGAACUCCCACAACUAUUGAAAAUGGUGCCUUCUCCCCCUCAAAGCAGCACUCAAAAGAAACGGAGCACCAGGAGACCAAAAAGGUGCCCCCCACAAAUGCUAACAAUGAACCUCAAAGCAAACCUCCAACAAGGAAUGUCAAAUCCCAAGAGGUGGCACGGUGUCCAGUAGUCGGCAAGGGGGACAUGGGCAAGGAAAGUGGCCAGUCCUUUGUGGCGUGUCCUAAGGAAAGCCCUUGCCGGCAUGGGACACUUCUGAAGGACAAUAAACCUACCCACGUUCCCAAAAAGAUACUGUUCAAAAACAGUGGGGUACAAGUAGCUUGCUCCAUUCCUCCGACACAGGAAACUAGGCUUCCCUUGGAUUUCAAGAGCGAAGGAUCAUCUUCUCAGAGCCUGGAGGAGUCUGCACUGGUGAACGGUCAGUAUGUACAAGCCGAGCCUCAAACGUUGAGACUUCACAAGGGCACCAGAAGUGUCAAAAUCCUCAAGAGCUCUAUGGCCAAACACAGGUCCCAUCUGGUCACCGUGAUGGAAAAUGGGCCACUGGUUGCUCGUGAGAAAGGCAAAUCCAUGAGCAAAAAGUGCCGGUUCCCUGAUGACUCGGAUAUAACUAGGAAGCCAAAGAAGGCCACCGUGAGAGGGAAGAAGAGCAACCAUCUUCUGCCAGAGACCAGCCUUCUCAACCGGCCGCCGGGUGUGUUGAAAUCCGGAUUGAGGCCCCACGGCCAUGGCCGAGAACCUGUGGUAGCCAAACCCAAGCAUAAGCGGGCCGAUUAUCGCCGCUGGAAACUGUCGGCCGAGGUGUCGUACGAGGAAGCCCUUCGGAGGGCCAGGAGGAACCGGAGAGAAGCAGCUGGGGUUUAUGCGCAGGUCCCCCACCCUUAUGCCAGUCCCUAUGCCUACGUGGCCAGCGACUCGGAGUAUUCGGCAGAGUGCGAAUCCCUUUUCCAUUCCACAGUUGUGGAUACCAGCGAGGAUGAAAGGAGCAAUUAUACAACCAAUUGUUUUGGGGACAGCGAGUCCAGCUUGAGCGGGGUGGAGUUUGUUGGCGAAAGCACGACAACCAGUGACUCGGACGAGAGCGGAGGCCUCAUCUGGUCCCAGUUUGUCCAGACUCUUCCCAUCCAGGCAGUUGCCACAGCUUCGGAGCUCCAUGAAAACGCAGCCAAGGCUUUCGUUAAGAUUAAAGCCUCGCAUAACCUUAAGAAAAAAAUCCUCCGCUUUCGAUCUGGCUCGCUCAAACUGAUGACUACUGUCUGAAUUUCUACAGGUCGCUGAGAGUAACAUUAAGUAUUUUAAUAAUGAUAAGGAUAACACACCUGCCUGCAGAAGGGACUUGGGUUUGUGUAUGUGCCUCCAGUGGGUGUGUAUAUAUGUGCGUGCUAUGCACCAGGCUUUUGUGGAGCCUUGGGUGCUUUUGUUUAGUAUGCAGAAGGCACAAAACUAAUGCUGUCCCUUCUACUCAUUCAAAUGAAGUGUCCCCUAAUGCACAAAAGGCGGGAUGUACAAAUGGAGAAGUCAGUUAUGGUGGUGUAACCUAUUCAGGUGGUCCAUGGCAGCAGUAUUGGUAUUUGUGUAUGUGUGUAUGUGCAUGUAAAGGUUGUCCGGGGGACAUAAAUGCCAAA